GUGUGCGGCGAAUCUAGUGCACUGUUUCUUUAAGAGCUCCGUCAGUCACGUGACAGUUCAACAUGGCGUUACACUGGAGGAGUUUGUUGCGCUUUCGCUCAACAACACGGCCGCUGAUCAUCUUCACCUUCUGCCUGACUGUCAUUCACAGCCUGGGGAAUGAUGUGGACAACUGUGAUAAACUGCAACUGGGACAGUAUAUGUGUAAAGAACCCAAAAUAGAUGAUGCAACUCAAGAACCAGAAAACUGCAAGGACCGGUUGGCUUGGGUGGAAUGUCUACCUGCUCCAAACAUCAGCUGUCGGCUGUCAAAUGGAACACAGUUCAAAUUCAGCGGUGAAGAGGUCGGGUUCAACAAAAGCAUCCCGUGUCGAAAUGUGAGCGGUUACUCAUACAAAGUAGCUGUUGCGCUGUCACUCUUCCUGGGAUGGAUUGGGGCCGAUCGGUUUUACUUGGGAUAUCCAGCCUUGGGUAAAAAAAAAAGCCUGUUGAAAUUCUGCACUGUGGGGUUCUGUGGAAUUGGAAGCUUAGUGGACUUCAUGUUGAUAUCCAUGCAGAUCGUGGGUCCAUCAGAUGGGUCAGAUUACAUUGUGGACUACUACGGGGCACGCCUCACCCGUCUUUCGAUAACAAACGAGACCUACAGAAGAACGCAGCUCUCUCCGUGAAGACACCAGGUGGAUCCCAAUUGAGAUGACCUACCAAAUGUAAAGGAUCGUGUUAUGUAAAUCCCAUCUUUUCUUUGGAUAUGCCUUUGCCGUUUCCAAACACAAAGACACAUGGACAUGCCAAACUACGCUCUGGGAAAGACUAGCCCAUGUCUGGAGUUUGCAAACAUGGCUCAUGCAUGUGCUGAGAUAGCGCUGGUCCCUCUCUCCAAAUUCUUCUCGUAUCCUCGAGAAGCUGUUUUUUCCACUGGGCCACUCAUGUCCUCUAUCACUCUCUCUCUCUCCAUCUCUCCAUCAAUCAGUCUCUUCCUUUGAGUCAUGCUUGGAAUGUCAUCCAUCUUUUGUUUCUUUUCAUUCCUGUCCUCACUAGCUUCAUAUUGUUGGACAUUGUGUGAUGUUUUGAUGUUAUUUAAACACUGUAAAUAAAGUUUUAUUAUCAUAUUCUGCGCUG